AUGUCGUCGUUAGAACAAUCACUGGAUGCCAUCAUUGCUUCGAACAAGAAGCCGGCUCUGAAAAAGAAGCCUUUCAAAGGCACAAAGAAGACUGUCAAGCCUACCAAAGUUGGUAAGGCUGCUGCUGGCAAAAGUGCCAAAAAACCUAUCGUCCUCUCGAAGCCUGCGCCAGCUCCGGCCAGUGCUGUUGACUACGCGUCGAAGGUCGUUGUCUAUGGAUUACCUAAAGACAUCAAAAACGAUGCUGUCAAGGAAUUUUUCCAGUCGCAAAUCGGUGGUGUCAAGACAGUUUCGCUCUCCUACAACGAGAAAGGACAAUCUAAAGGUAUUGCCACUGUAAUCUUCCAGAAAUCGAAGCAGGCUCAAAAGGCUGUCGAGUCCUACAACGGGGCCCCAAUCGAUGGAGGAAAGACUACACUGAGACUCGAGCUUAUCGUUGAUCCAGCCAUGAAACCUCUCGCCUCAAGAAUCAUUCCAAACCAGGCUGCUGCUCCGGCUUUAUCUGGAAAGGUUGCCUCGCGUAAGGCCGCUCCUAAGAAGGUCAAGCCUAUUCAGAAGAAGGCCAAGCCAGCCAAGAAGGCUGCUCCAAAGAGGAAGAAGACUGUCGAGGAGCUGGACCAGGAGAUGGCCGACUAUUUCUCCUCCAACGACAAACAGUAG